AAUGUGGAUGUCACAUUUCGGAAGGCGCCUCCGUGUCUUCUACUAAAUGUGAAGAUCUUCUAUUUUGAUAUGGUGACUGGCAGCACGGUGAAGAAAAUGAGCAAAUUCGACAUAAACGAUACCGUCACACUGAAACUUGAAGAUGGAACUGUGCAACGCUAUCAAAUUUUUGGCUUUGUGUUGCAUGGUGGUGACCAUGCAUCCUCCGGGCACUACGUUUGGGCUUGCGAAAUGGCUGAUCGGUGGGCCGUAUUCAACGACGAGGAAGUCGAAUUCGUUGAUUUGGAGAAUAUUCUAUCCCCUUCAAACUUAAGUCCGUAUAUUCUAGUUUAUACUUUGCAAAAGAACUAA